AUGUCUGCGAAGAAUUUGAACCCAUACGAUGUGAACGAGCAGACAGGAAUUGAUAUGGCGAAGGCUAGGGGUGCCUCCACGGUCGGGGUAGAGAAUGUACGCGAUUACCUGCAUCAUGGUCGGGAUGAGUGGCUUGCUCGGUCCAGAAUUGUCAGCUUGCUACAGCAAGAUCCUGUCUUCGACAAGUCAAAGAGGGAUUUCAUGAGCAGGACAGAGAGAUACGAACGCGGGCUUGCUUUGACGAAUCGUAUCUACGAACUCCAGGAGAUUCACAACUGGAGUGAUCAAGAAACCAAGGUGGCCAUCUCUGUUCUAGACGAGCAACUAUCCAUUGGUCUUCACAACGUCGCAUUCCAACCUGUGUUCAUGCUCCAGGGCGGUCCAACUCUUGUCAAGAAAUACGGCCACCUAAUAGCUGCACGAGCCAUCUUCGGAUGCUACCUACAGACGGAGCUCGGGCACGGAACAAAUGUUUCUCGUCUCGAGACGACGGCGACGUUCAUCCCGGAGACCCAAGAAUUCGAGAUUCAUUCACCCACGCUUACGAGUAGCAAGUGGUGGAUCGGCGCGCUCGGGAAGACAGCUACGCACGGUGUAGUGCAGGCGAAAUUAAUAUUAGGGGGAAAGGAUAUGGGUCCUCAUUUGUUCUUUAUCCAAUUACGAUCUUUAGAGGACCAUAAAGUGCUCCCUAACAUUACUAUCGGCGACAUAGGACCUAAAGCUUUGGCCGGUUUUUCUCCCACCGACAAUGGAUUUGCGCGUUUCAAUCGCGUUAGGAUUCCCAAGGAAAAUAUGCUCUCUGGAUUCGCUCAAGUUACCAAUGAUGGCAAAUACAUCCAGCCUCCCCAUGCAAAGCUUAGCUAUGGCGGGAUGCUUUACAUUCGUGCAAAUAUGGUGACAGGCGGUGGAUGGUUGAUAGCAAAAGCUGCUACUGUGAGUAUCCGGUAUGCGACUGUUCGACGACAAGGCGAACGAGGUCCAGAUGGAUUGGAGAAACAAAUUAUCACCUACCCCUCGGUUUACUACCGCCUCCUACCUAUUCUAUCACGAGCCUAUAUGUUCCUCCAGCUCGGUAGAACUUUGACAACCGCUUUCGACACAAUGUCCAGUCGACUCAAGCAAGGAGAUACAUCCUUGUUGGCCGAGAUGCACGCGACGACGAGUGGGUUGAAGGUCUACGUCUCCAGCAGUGGUGUACAAGACCUCGAAACUGCGCGUCGCUCAAUGGGCGGACACGGUUAUAGCGCGUUUGCUGGCCUUGGGCGACUUUACGCGGACUACCUGCCUAGUGUUACCUACGAAGGCGAUAACUUUGUUCUUGACCAGCAGGUCGUUCGCUCGGCGCUUAAGUCGUAUCGCGCACUUCUAGCGUCGAAGCCUCCGCAGGCUUCCUCACUCAGUCCCUCAUCACAAUACCUGCGACACCUCAUUGCACACCCAGCGCUUCCUUCCUCCCCAACAGAGCAAGACUGGCGCGAUCCUUCCGUGUCGGUUGUUUUAUUGGAGUUACGCGCAGCGCUAAUCGUGAAUGAACACGCACAACACGUGAAGGCAGGCGAAGUUGACGCCAGCGCUAACCAACGUGUUUCCAAAGCCGUUACUGAGGCAUUUGUGGCUGGCCAGGUAGGGGAAAUGAUUCAGGAUCUCUCCAAACUACCAGAAACGGAUAAGACCGUGGUCACAAAAGUCUUCCUCCUAUACCUUUUGACGACAGUCGAAGGAGGGUUGACGGAUUUCCUUUCAUUUGGUAUCAUCCGGCCUUCAAGCGGGUCUACACCAAAAGACCCUACGCGUUCCGUCCGCCUAGCCAUCAAGCGCCUUUGCGAGGAGCUUCUGCCGGAAGCCAUUGGCCUCACAGAUGCAUUCGGCUUCACAGACUGGGAUCUUGAUAGCGCUUUGGGUGUGUAUGACGGUAAAGUCUACGAAGCGCUUUGGGAACGUGUCAAAGCAGAGCCUUUGAACCAAUCAGAAGUUCCUGCUGCGUAUCAGGAAUCUAUCAAACCUAUGCUAAAGCGCGGACAACUCCAGGCGUCUGCCUUAAUAUCAAAACUUUGA